UCGGCUGCCGCAGCUGUCUUACUGCUAGCACUGGGGUUGCAAUGUUGCGAGGCCUCCAAAUCGGGUAAUUAUACGCAACAGUGCCAAGAUGGACUUCUCCUUCCGGUCUGGUUGCCCUCGGACAAUCUUAGCGUCGGCGACCGAAUCGCCCGAGGGCUUGUUUACUUCUUCGCCAUGCUGUACCUCUUCAUUGGCGUGUCUGUCAUAUCAGAUCGUUUCAUGGCCGCCAUCGAAGUCAUAACGUCGCAGGAGAAGGAGAUCGUCGUUCGCAAGAAGAGUGGCGAGAAGCAAAUUCUAGUUGUGAGAGUGUGGAACGAGACUGUGGCCAAUUUGACCCUCAUGGCUCUCGGGUCUUCCGCUCCGGAAAUUCUUCUUUCCAUUAUAGAAAUAUACGCGAAGAAUUUUGAGGCAGGUGACUUGGGGCCGGGAACCAUAGUUGGUUCCGCUGCCUACAACCUUUUUAUUAUCAUUGCUAUUUGCGUGAUGGUGAUCCCAGACGGGCAGGUACGAAAGAUCAAACAUUUGCGGGUGUUCUUCGUGACUGCCACGUGGUCAGUGUUCGCGUACGUGUGGCUGUACCUCAUCCUGUCCGUCUUUUCCGUCGGCGAGGUGGAAGUGUGGGAGGGUCUGCUCACCUUCUUGUUCUUCCCGGCCACAGUCGGGACGGCCUACAUUGCAGAUCGGCGACUCCUAAUCUACAAGUAUCUGCACAAGGACUACCGUAUGAACCGGCACGGCGUCAUCGUGCAGAGCGAGGGGAACGUGGAGUUGGCCAACAAGAUCAAUCACGUCGACGGCGGUCUCAAGUCUCUGGAGGAUGAAGCUGAGAGUGAGGAGGUCCGAGAGUUUGAACACAACCGUCGUCAGUACAUCAAUACCCUGCGGGAGUUGAGGAAGAAGUAUCCGGCGUUGGACCUGGAACAGCUAGAAAUCAUGGCUCAGGAGGAAGUCCUGAAUAAGGGCCCAAAGAGUCGCGCAUUCUAUCGCGUCCAGGCUACGCGGAAGAUGGUGGGCGGUGGCAAUAUCAUGAAAAAGAUUCAGGAACGCGCUCAGAGUGACCUGUCAGAGGUCAAAGCUCAGCUGCAGCGCGAGGAGGAUUCCGGUACGAAGGUUUACUUCGACCCUGGUCACUACACCGUCAUGGAGAACGUGGGAGAGUUCGAGAUGCGUGUGGUUCGUGAGGGCGGCGACAUCAAUCAGGUCGUUAUGGUCGAUUACGCCACGGAAGACGGCUCUGCUAAUGAAGGCUCCGAUUAUAUCGGCGCCCGGGGAACUCUAGUCUUCCGCCCUGGCGAAGUUUAUCAGACGUUCCGUCUUCAAGUUAUAGACGACGACGUCUUCGAAGAGGAUGAGCAUUUCUACGUUCGUCUCCGUAAUCUGAGGACGGGCCAGUCCAAUGGCGAUGCUGCUCCGUCGCCGAUUCGACGUCUUUCUUCAAAACCCCUGCCUCCGCCGCCGGCCCCACAGCUGGUCAGUCCUUCACUCGCCACCGUCAUGAUCCUGGAUGACGAUCACGGAGGAGUGUUCGCCUUUCCCGAGAAGGACGUGGAGUUAGUGGAGUCUGUGGGUCAGUAUGAGCUCCGGGUAGUGCGAUGCAGCGGGGCCCGGGGUCGAGUCGCCGUCACGUACUUCACGGAGGAUGGAACGGCGAAGGCCGGCAAGGAGUACGAGGUCGCGCGCGGACAAAUUGUCUUCGAGAACAACGAGUCGGAACAGACGAUUCCUUUGAACAUCGUAGACGAAGACAGUUAUGAGAAGGACGUCUUGUUCUACAUGCAACUCGGCGAAGUCAGGAUGCUAGAUGAAGAGGCAGGUCUGGCAGCCAUUGCUGAAAGUAAGCGCAGAGAUGAUCUGACCGAGGAGGAGAAAAUGGCUUUGCUGGGACGUCCCAGGUUAGGAGACAUCACAAGGGCACAAAUUCGAGUCAAGGAGAGCAAAGAGUUCAAGAAUACCGUCGACAAGCUUGUCCAGAGAGCAAACGCAUCGCUUCUUAUAGGAACAUCGUCUUGGAAGGAGCAGUUCAUUGAAGCUAUCACAGUCAGUGCAGGGGAUGACAGUGGUGAUGAUGAUGACGAAAAAUUACCCUCCUGUGGUGACUACAUCAUGCACUUUGUCACUCUGUUCUGGAAACUGCUGUUUGCCUUUGUUCCACCCACAGAUAUGUUUGAUGGUUAUUUAUGUUUCGUUAUCUCAAUAUGUGGAAUUGGUUGUCUCACGGCCAUCAUUGGAGAUGUGGCAUCUCACUUUGGUUGUACAGUGGGCCUCAAGGAUGCAAUCACCGCAAUUGCCUUUGUUGCUCUCGGUACAAGUGUACCAGAUGUCGGUCAGGGGUACGUGUGUUUUGCCGUAUCCAUUGUAUGGAUAGGAUUCCUGACAGCUCUUAUUGGUGAUGUUGCCUCUCAUUUUGGCUGCUCUGUCAACAUGAAGGAUUCUGUCACAGCUAUUGGUUUUGUAGCAAUGGGUACAAGUCUCCCAGACACAUUUGCCAGCAAGGUGGCAGCUAUCCAGGACAAGUAUGCAGAUGCCUCAGUUGGUAAUGUAACUGGGAGUAAUGCGGUUAACGUGUUCCUGGGUAUUGGUAUUGCAUGGUCUAUUGCCGCCAUAUACCAUGCUAUUAAAGGCAAAAAGUUUCUGGUGCAACCUGGAAACCUGGCAUUCAACGUCACAAUUUUCUGCUCAGAAGCCUUAGUUGCCAUAUUUAUAUUAAUGCUAAGAAGGUCAAAAGUGGUAGGUGGUGAACUUGGAGGUCCAAAACUUUUAAAGUAUGUUACGUCUUUACUGCUCAUCUCUUUGUGGAUGGUUUACUUGAUCUUGGCCACUUUGGAAGUGUAUGAUGUAAUCGAAGGCUUCUAGAAUCCAUUGCAGCAUUUUCUGCCAUUAAGUGAACGACAUGUCUGGGUAUUUAAAAUGUUGCAGCUUUAAAAAGAAAUGAAGUUAUCAUCUGAAGAUGGCUAUCUUUAUCAGUUGUGAAACAACUGGAUUAUGUGUGGUUUUUGCCCUCAUGCUGCCUCUGUGGUCAGUCAGAUCUGCUGGUAUCCACAUUUUGGGAUCAAUAAAGGAGUUAAGACAUGUAACCGGCCAUAAAAGAAAGGGCUGAAAUGCCAGAUGUAGCUCUGUAGCUCUUGGAGAGGAAGAAAUUUUGGAUAGUGUGUAAUUUUGGCAAGUGCCUAAUUUAAGAAGUACAAUUAUUAUUUUUGGUGAUGCUUCAAGAGACAUCGGCAGUAUUAGUUAUGGUACAUCUGAAAUGGGACUACGUCAAGUCAGUAAAGUUGGUACUGGUUAACAUAUUAGUGACACUGUGGUAUUGAAACAGGAAUGGAAAAAUGGAGAAAAAACCCUGACAUUUUGAUUAUCUGUGGUGGUAUCUACAUUCUAAAGAAGGAAUAGUACAUUAAUAGAUGUGAAGACCAUUUUUAUGAAAAUUGACAUCAUUUUUAUAUAUGUGUAUAUGCAGGAAUUGACAGCUGGCCUGUGUUCCAUUUUGUUAUCAGACGUGUUGCAGUUCUUGUGAAAUAGCAUAUCUUCAGGUCUCAUUUGCUUUUUCAAAUGUUAGAGUUUGCCUACAAUUUAAUGAUGUAGACUCUGCAUUUUAUUAUCAUAAAACAGUAUUUUAAUGAGUAAAGACAUACUUAAUGUGUUCAUAGCAGAAAUUGAGAGUUUUAUACAGACACAUACUUUUGAAUUUAAGGCAACGAAUGUAACAACUCAGCACAGAUUAUGUGCACUUUAACUUGGAGAUUCGUGG